AUGCCGGUUCGUCACCUGUUAGAGGUUGAGUCACCAACUCCCACAAGGUACAUCCUGGGAGCAGCUGUUAUGGUUGUCGGGGUGCCUACACUAAGCAGACCGGAUAUUGAAUCUGAAGCAACUGUAUUUACCUUCUAUACUUACCUGACAAAAGUAACCGCAAAGAUGAGCGAGACUGAGGGGGCUCCGGGCCUUUCAAACCUGGAUGAAGGGGCAGCAGUUGAGGAUUCGACUCCCUCUGAAUCCAAUGGCGCUCCAAAGGAGACCCGCGAAGAGGUGCUGGCGCGGCACCGCAAGGAAAUCAAGGCCCUGCAAGGCAAGGAGAUCGAGCUGAAGAAGCAGGCCGCAAAGGGCAGCAAGGCCGCGCAGAAAGCAGCCAAGCACGCUGUUGACGAGCAGAUUGCAAAGCUGGAUGCAUCGCUCAAGAAGCGCCAAGCGAAAGAGCUGGCCGCCCUUGGGUUCGGCGAGAAGGAGGCUGAGAGCGCCGAAGGCAAGAAGCCGGACGAUAUGGACACUUUGAUCCGCGCAAUAGCGGGGACAAGCGUGGGUCCGCAGCGCGGACCGAGCAAGGCGCAGAAGCGGAGGGAUGCGAAGAUGAAGCAGGAGGUGGAGCGGGAACAGCGGAUCCAGCAGGAGCAGAGCGGGGUGGUUAGCGAGCGGGUUAUCGAGAACCAGAGGUUAGCGGAAAAGCUGAGUCCGCUGGGGUUGGCGCUGAAGGAGAUCAAGCCGGACGGGCACUGUCUGUACCGCGCGGUGGAGGAUCAGUUGCAGUUACAAGGGCAGCCCUCCAAUCUCAUCCAAGACUACCUCAGCCUUCGGAAACUCGCUGCUGUCUACAUGCGGGCUCACAAGGACGAUUUCUUGCCGUUCGUCACGGAGCACGCGACAGAGCACGAGGGCGAUCCCGAUGCCCAGUUCGAGGCCUAUUGUAAAGAGGUGGAAGAAACGGCUACCUGGGGGGGGCAACUAGAACUGGGGGCGUUGGCACACGCCUUGAGGCAGCACAUCAGUGUCUAUUCUGCAAGUCUGCCAGUGGUGGAGAUGGGUAAAGAGUACGAGCGCGGGGCGACGCAGCCACUCCGGUUAUCGUACCAUCACCAUGCUUAUGGGCUUGGGGAGCACUACAACUCGGUGGUCCCAGCACAAGAAGAGGACGAUUGAGGGGAACUCGAAGGACAUUUGCGGUGCAGUCCACACCAAACUGUUUACCGACAUGAUUAGGGUCUGAGCAAUCUUCUGGCGGUUGCUAGUAGGCUUACCUUCAAGAGUGAUCUAUAUUAAGAUUCUACUUUCAUCAUGCCAGCAUGUAAUUGAGGCAGCCAUCGAAUGGAGGCUUAUGCAAGCCGCCGGUUUCAAAAAGUAGCCUGCACAACUAUGGCAACGGACACGGACAUAAUUGUAUCGUUUUUAUCCCAUCUGGCAUGAAACACAUGUUCGACGAUUCACU